GCCGCGCCGAGCGCCAUCACGGAUGAGGACUACUUCGGGAGCGCGGCCGAGUGGGGCGACGAGGCGGACGGAGGCCAGCAGGAGGAUGACUAUGGAGAGGGAGAAGAUGACGCCGAGGUCCAGCAGGAAUGCCUCCAUAAAUUCUCUACCCGUGAUUAUAUAAUGGAGCCCUCCAUCUUUAACACGCUGAAGAGGUAUUUUCAGGCGGGAGGGUCUCCAGAGAAUGUUAUCCAGCUGCUGUCAGAGAACUACACCGCUGUGGCCCAGACCGUGAACCUGCUGGCCGAGUGGCUCAUCCAGACAGGUGUUGAGCCCCUGCAGGUGCAGGAGACUGUGGAAAACCACCUGAAGAGCUUACUCAUCAAACACUUCGACCCCCGCAAGGCAGAUUCUAUCUUUACGGAAGAAGGAGAGACCCCGGCGUGGUUGGAGCAGAUGAUCGCGCACACCACGUGGCGGGACCUCUUCUACAAGCUGGCGGAAGCCCAUCCGGACUGCCUGAUGCUCAACUUCACAGUGAAGCUGAUUUCCGACGCAGGAUACCAGGGAGAGAUCACCAGCGUCUCCACGGCUUGCCAGCAGUUGGAAGUGUUCUCCAGAGUCCUCCGCACCUCUCUUGCUACAAUUUUAGAUGGAGGAGAAGAAAACCUGGAAAAAAAUCUGCCGGAGUUUGCCGUGAGCCCUCUACCUCUGUCCCUUGUCUGUAAAGGAGGCUGGGGCCACGACGCGAGCCAGAUCACACUGGCCUUGGGCACGGCUGCCUCCUACCCCCGGGCGUGCCAGGCCCUGGGUGCAAUGCUGUCCAAAGGUGCCCUGAACCCCGCUGACAUCACAGUCCUGUUCAAGAUGUUCACCAGCAUGGACCCGCCCCCUGUGGAGCUGAUCCGAGUGCCAGCCUUCCUGGACCUGUUCAUGCAGUCGCUCUUUAAACCAGGGGCCAGGAUCAACCAGGACCAUAAGCAUAAGUACAUCCACAUCUUGGCAUAUGCGGCCAGCGUGGUGGAGGCCUGGAAGAAGAACAAGCGCGUCAGCAUCAAUAAAGAUGAACUGAAGUCAACAUCAAAAGCUGUGGAGACUGUUCACAGCCUGUGUUGCAAUGAGAACAAAGGGGCCUCAGAGCUGGUGGCCGAGUUGAGCACGCUAUACCAGUGCAUCAGGUUCCCAGUGGUGGCGAUGGGUGUCUUAAAGUGGGUGGACUGGACCGUAUCAGAACCAAGGUACUUUCAGCUGCAGACUGACCACACCCCGGUCCACCUGGCGUUGCUGGAUGAGAUCAGCACCUGCCACCAGCUCCUGCACCCCCAGGUCCUGCAGCUGCUCGUUAAGCUCUUUGAGACGGAGCACUCGCAGCUGGAUGUGAUGGAGCAGCUCGAGUUGAAGAAGACCCUGUUGGACAGGAUGGUUCACCUGCUGAGCCGAGGUUAUGUACUUCCUGUGGUCAGUUACAUCCGGAAGUGUCUGGAGAAGCUGGACACCGACAUCUCCCUCAUUCGCUAUUUUGUCACUGAGGUGCUGGAUGUCAUCGCGCCUCCGUACACCUCCGACUUCGUGCAGCUUUUCCUGCCCAUCCUGGAGAAUGACAGCAUCGCCGGCACCAUCAGAACCGAAGGCGAGCAUGACCCUGUCACGGAAUUCAUCGCUCACUGCAAAUCUAACUUCAUCAUGGUGAACUGA